AUGCCCCUUUCGCGCAGUCCGUCACCAAUCCCUGGCGGCGGCUGGCCCAGCCAUGAUCUCGACCAUCCCGACCACUCCACAAAAGACAACCGAACAAGUCCGGCAAGCCGAUGGUCGCCUGCUUCAAAUUCCCCUGGCUUUGUGCCCUGGGAGUCGGCAGCGAUAAGGAAAACGGAGGGCAAGGGUUAUCCAUCUUUUUCGACUCAGAACCGGAGUUUCUUCCAGAAGCAUAUGCGCCGCAUAUCCAGCAGCCUGCCUCGUUUCAACCACAACAGGCACACACCCCACUUCGGCAAGGAGAAACCAGGCCGCGGCCCAUGGUCCGUUCUUUACAAGCUGCCCAUGGUGGGCAGGAUACGGGCUGGGUGGUCUCGCAGGAGCCGGAGGACGAGGUCCUUUCUAUUCUUCCUAUUCAUAAUUCUAGCCAGCCUCUACAUCUUCUACCACAGCCCGAUGGCGUACCAUUGGAGGAGAUCGGCCUCCUUCGGCGGCGGCGAGAAAUUCGUGAUUGUCUUGGGAGCCAACGUGGAGGGAGGGGUCAUGGAGUGGAAAGGUGCCCGGGAAUGGGCCAUCGAGCGAGACAGCAUUCGGAACAAGAAAAGAUACGUCGCGCGUUGGGGGUAUGACUUGGAAAUUGUGGACAUGAGAACCAAGAAACGGUACGCCCAUGAGUGGCGCCAGAGUUGGGAGAAGGUUGAUCAUAUCCGGAAGACCCUCCGAAAGUAUCCCAAAGCCGAAUGGGUCUGGUGGCUCGACCUGAACACUCUCGUCAUGGAACCCUCAUACUCUCUCCAAACCCACAUCUUUGAUAACCUCGCCGACAAGGUAUACCGUGAUAUCAACGAGUAUAAUCCUCUCAACUUGACGCACCCCUUCACCGAGGCGUAUCUCGACUCGGAAGCCCGAAGCCCCGUGGGAGAUGGAAAAGAAGAAUCCAUCAACCUCCUCCUCACCCAAGACUGCAUGGGGCUCAACCUCGGCUCCUUCUUCGUCAGACGGAGCGCUUGGUCGGAUCGACUGCUGGACAUGUGGUGGGACCCGGUCGCGUACGAGCAGAAGCACAUGCAGUGGAACCGCAAGGAGCAAGACGCCCUCGAACAGAUGUACAGCUCGCAGCCUUGGAUCCGGCAGCACACGGCCUUCUUACCCCAGCGCAUGAUCAACAGCUUCCCGCCAGGGGCGUGCGGGGAAAGCGGCGACGACCCGCGCUUCCACUACCAGAGGGAGGAUCGCGACUUCGUGAUCAAUACGGCCGGUUGUGAGGUGGGCCGCGAUUGCUGGGGCGAGAUAUACCACUAUCGCGAACUCAGCUACUACUUGAACCGGAGCCUCUGGGAGCGGUUCAAAGAAGAUCUGGUGGCCGUGAUAUGGUUCAAGCUGACGGGGAAGAAGGUCAAGCUCUGA